GCGCGCGCGCUGUCUCUUUAAGCCGCUCACUCAGGAGCCUGGGCGCGUGUUCAGCGCGGCGCCUUGCCUCGCGCGCCGCUCCGCUCUCCCUUCACUCGCGCAGGGGAGCUUCCUCAGGCAGACGCGGACGGGCGCUCCGGCUCCUUGCUCCGGCAGAGACCCUCCGCGGAGCCCAGCCCGCUAGCCUCUCCCUGCCCCCUUCCUCCCUCCCUCCCUCGCCAGCCCGAUUCAACAGGCGUCAUGGACCACGGCCCCAAAGAAGGGGACUCGGCCGGGGCAGCUGCCGGCGACGCCGCUCGAGGGGCUGCCGCCGCCGCCUCCUCCUCCAGCGGCGUGGUGGUGCAAGUGCGGGAGAAGAAAGGACCCCUUCGCGCCGCCAUCCCUUACAUGCCCUUCCCGGUGGCCGUCAUCUGCUUGUUCCUCAACACCUUCGUGCCAGGGCUAGGGACAUUUGUGUCUGCCUUCACGGUGUUGUGUGGAGCUCGGACCGACCUCCCCGAUAGGCACAUCUGCUGUGUGUUCUGGUUGAACAUUGCAGCAGCUCUGAUUCAGAUCCUCACAGCGAUUGUGAUGGUUGGCUGGAUCAUGAGUAUAUUUUGGGGAAUGGACAUGGUCAUUCUUGCCAGUAAGUACAGUUGCAAUAGCCUCUUUUUUCAUUCUUUUUAUGGGCAUCCGCUUACAGAAGUUCACCGUGAAAACCGCUUUGCUAUCUGGCAACAACAAGCUAAGGCCAUUAUCUUGUGGUUUGUCCUGUUGGUGGGAUCUGAUUGCAAGGGCUAAAUAUAAGGUUUGCAUCCUUGCCCCAUCCACUCUUCCUUCUCCUUGAUAAAAGGUGCAUGGUUUGACCUACUCUGCUCUCCCGGUCAGGAUUCACAGAACUGCUUUUGAAAGGGACAUACCCACCUCAAAGUGGGGCCAGAACUUUUGAGUAGGAAGAGUUCAUACUUUGAGUUUCCCACUAUUUAGAGCAGGAUUUCCCAAACUUGGGUCUCUAGGUGUUUUGGGACUACAGCUUCCACCAUCCCUAGCUGGCAAGACCAACAGUCAGGGAUGAUGAGAAUUGUAGUCCAUAAAUAGUUGGCGAUCCAAUUUUGGGAAACACUGAAUUAGAGUGCCACACUGUUGUCAGCUGGGUGCUAAUGGGUGGCAGACUGCUGAUUUAAAGGAUUUGUUAGGAACCAUGAUGGCUACCCCUGCAUUAGGGAGUAGUAAUUAGAGGUUAAUUUGCAAUUUUGCAGUCCACUUUUCAGCCCCAGAGUAAUCGUAAGUCUCUGAACUUGACAGCUGAACUUUACAGGGCUGCUAUAUUUUUAUGACUAUACGGAGCUUCAUAAAGCCCAUGCCCACGUUUGUUCUUCCAGAGAGCCACGGCAACACAGGUCUGCCACCCUUUCAUGUGUGAAGGUGGGUGGACAGCAACUUUUGAUAAGAGACACAAUGAAUUAAUAGAACCAAUUAUCUGUCUAAAACUGUGCCUGACUAAGCCUUCUGUAUGCAAGCAGCUCGUGUAUCUUUCUUUUUCUCUUUUUAAGAAAAAUGUUCAAUUUGUAUCACUCCUAUGUGUCAACUGGAAAGAAACAGAUCAGAAAACAAAUCUGGCCUAUUAGCGAACCCAGUUUCUGCCUUCUUUCGAAGUAUUUUGAUCAUUUCAUUGGACAGGUGGGGGAGGGCAUCUAGAGGGCAUGCAGACGAAGGGCUUUUUGCCAUGCCUCUGUGCAUUCAAGCAUUCAUUGUCGCUAUUAACAAUAAUGGGGGGGGAAUAAGAAUAAAGGAUUUCUUACUCACUCUAUACAAUAAGGUCUCCAUGGUGGAGUACAGCAAUGUAAAAAUACAAUAUUCAAAUCUUGUUAAAGCAAUUUACAAUCAGAGAAAACAAGGUGGGUCCUAAAAAUGUGUAUUUCCUGUGUCAAGGGGCAGAAUAAAGAGAUAUGAUGAAAGCUACACAGUGAAGGCAACAGGUGCACCUUCAGGAAGGGAAUUCCACAGUUUAGGAACUGCAACAGAAAAUGCCUAUGUGCUGGUGUCCAUGUGUGGAAGCACCACACAACGAAGUCUUCCUGUUACACUACCAUUUCAGAAGGAGAAUAUCAUGUUUCAAUGUCUUUUUCAUUUUUCAUCUGCCCCUGGAAAGCUAGCAAGAAAGAUGACUUUACCUUUUUUUGCACAUUCUAGCUUCCUACUUGCAGGCAGUUUCUGAAAUGAAGGAGCAUUGAAGCUUGCUACCUAUCUGACACCAACUUUCUGAAGAGGCACAGACCCAGAAAUGAUGCAUUGUGUGAAUUUCCAGCCACAUGCAUUUGUUUUCCCUUUCUGUCUGAGAGGUAGACCUAAUGUUAAGAGAAUGUGCAUAUUUAAGAGCUGGGAAAAGGCAGUUCUGCAUUGGGGCUUAAAGGUCAGCUUGGUGAGACACCUGCCAUUUAAGGCACCCUCUCUUCCCAAGGCUUUCUGUGAUUUCAACUCAAACCGUGUUGGAUACUGUGACAUACAACCUUCCACUUCUCAGUCAUUUGCCCUUUUCACCAAGUGGUGUUGCUGUCAUAGUUCUCUGUUUACAAACAGGAAGUAAAAUCACACUGAAGUUUGCAGUUUCUGUACUAGCAGAGAAGGCAAGUCAACACGACCACACCUCCAAAAUUUCUCCAGUAGAAAUAGAGAUGUCCCCUGCACCAUUUCUCCAAUGAAAAUAGGGACAUCUUACCAUACUCUCCAACAUUUCUUGUGCAUGUGACAUGAGCACAUAGUGCAGCACCCACCCACCGUGUGCACACAUCACCAUGGAAUAUUAAGGGGGACAGCCCCCUCCUUGAAAAAAAAUUGGGGCGUCCCAUAGCCACCCCAGAUGGUGCCCCUGCUGCCAGCUCAGAUACCAUCACUGUACAUGUGAAGUUGUGUUUCUUUGCCCUAAUGUGUAUCACUUUGCCCUUGCUUCCAAUUCAUAGGCUCAAGGUCUUAAAAGUGAACUUUGUGUAGUGCUCUUCUGUGCCUUCUGUUUUAUGUCUACUUCUCUUAACUAAAAUGCAUGCAUGGCAUAGUGCUGCUAAGUAAAGUUGUGCUCCGUGCACCAAGUCUUAUUGUCUUAGCUUAAAGUAGGCACAAGCUUUUAAAUAUAUAAUUCUGUCGUAGAUUACUUCAUUCAUAAAAACCAAAUGUAAAUUUUUGCAGUUUAUGGAGCUGGGGGGAAAUCCUCCAUUAGUUUUGCAAACCCAUUCCUAAUUGUAGUAAAUUUCUGUUUAAUUGCUUAUCACUUUACUUGCUUGUGUUUUUCCAUUAUUGAUGUGCUUUGGAUAUUCCUGAUAGUUACGUCUUUCCUUUUCUCUCUUUUUAUGUUUCUUUCACGUUCUCUAAAUGAACAACAAAAGUUUCACAAGGUAUGUUUCUCCCACACACCUCUUUUUUCUUAUUUUUACUGUACACUAAUAACUUAGCAUUGCGUUUUCUAAGGUAAAAUCCAUCAGAAAUCUAGAGUGGGUCCUCUUCCCAAUUUAUAAUUAGGAUGUGCAUGUUCUACACACUCAAAUUUCUGACCCUGUGAAGUAAUUUUGCUUUCAUUCACUUGGUUAUAUUUUACUCUCUGGUAGUAAUACAUACAUGUUUGUGGGAUAAUGUAAAAGCUAUUCUAAUAUGUUCAAGUGUUAUACGACCAAAGAUUUUCUCAGAUUUCAAGUGUUCUUGUUGCAGACUAGUUUUUGUUUCAUUAGGAAAUCAUUAGAAGUGAACUGAAAGACUCUUAUCAUGUAAGAUUUGGCUCACUUGGAAUGUAUUCCUAAGUGAUCCAGUAACCUCUUACGCAUGGAAUAAUUAUGCUGGAAAUAGUUAGCAGAAGUAGUAGUGGUCAUGUUUUGCUCAUUUAGCCUUAUGUGAAUUUUACCUGUUUAGUCUUAAUACAAAACUUCGUAAAGAAACAAAACCAUGCAGAUAAAAGCAAAACAUUUGUGCACUCAUUGCAGUCACAGAAGUACACCAUCUUGCAUAAGGAUCCCUCUGAAAAUGCCUUCCACUUCCUCUGUUUGAUUUAUACCUUCACACCAGCUCCAUGCAAUCCCACAGGGGGCUGGUCCCUUGGGGUCUUAUGGCUCAAAGGGACCACAAGAGUACCACAAGAGUAAUAUUUCGCAUGAUGGUUUUCACUUGAGUUUCAACUACAAAAUAACCUGUGGGAACCUUCUUCUUCUGCCUCUCACAGGGUACAACAAACAUAGGAUCCCUCAGCACUUGUGAUGCGGUUUGGCACCAACGAAGCACAAAGAUAACUUCGUUUUUGUCCUUCUUUUUCCUCUGUCCAGCGGAGCGGAGGUGCAGAGCAGCAGAGAGUGACCUUCACUGAUCACUUUGACAGCCAACCCCACUGUGAAGGCGCUGCCAUGUGGAUUUUCGGACUAGCACAGCCUAUGCUCCGGCGUGACAGGCAAGCCAUUCCAAAAGCGGGAGGGGAGCCAUUGGCUAGGCUGAGAUGUCACCGAGGAGGAUGGCAAUGGAGCAAAACAUCAAAGGAAAGGGACCUGCUAGCUAGAGAUGCUACCAUUCUCUCCAUCUGCAGGUGGGGAACACUUGGAAGCAUUUCGCCUCCUUUGUGACUUGCUGAGGAAACGGCUCUGGUGUGAAUAUCAAAGAAGCAAAUGAAAUAUUUAUAGAUACAUUUAUAGAUGUAAAAGCAAAAGUUGGAUGGGACAACCUGUUUCCCAAGAGACACCCCUUGACUAUUUCUUGAGUGCAGGAGGGUUCAAGCUGAGGCCUUUCUUGCUCUCUUGAGUGUGUGUGUAUGUAGUUUUAAUGGUGCUCGUUGACAAUCAGUUUCCCUCAGCCAUCCUGACAUUUUGCUUGCUGCUUUUGUACAUUCUAUGUCAUUGUUAAGGUGAUUGAGGCUCAGCUGUUCAUGCCUCCUGCCAUCUUCUGCCUGCUGAAUGCUGAAAACCAGUUUGGCUCUGUUGUCAGCCAGGACGGGAGAAGCCGGCUCUUGCCAAGAUCCAUCAUCACUCCUUGGUUUUAUGAGGGUGCUUUGUUCUGGGGUGGGAGUGGGAGGCACAGUUUCUCAGAUAUUCUAAUAACGAGUCUUUCAGUCUUGUUGUAUAGUAAGUAGAAAGAGAGAGAGAGUCUUCCCCUACCAGCUCCCUGGGAAGACACUGUCACUAAAUGUUACUGUACUCUGGAAAUGUGCAUACAGUAUACAACAGAUUGCAUUCUGUAGCUUGUGUGCAGUAGAGCUGUGGCUUCUGUCUGUUUCCCAGCUUAUGUGGCCAACACUCCUAGGGUGCACACAGGUAGUCUUACAUAUAUUCUAAGCAUUAAUUGGGAGAGAGGAAUCAACCCUGCACCUCAACAUUCCAAGAUGAGAAAAGGAAGUUAAAUUUACUGUCCUUAAAUCUGUGAACCAAUGCCACCACUGUUUAGAGCUUCUUGGGCAUUGUUUGACGCCUCUCACCUCUAGCCAGGGCUGAUCAAAACCCCUGAUCUAAGGUUCAGGAUCAUAAGGUGUAGAUCGGUUGCACUGGGGAGACCUGGGUUCAAAUCCUUGCUUAGCCAUGAAGGCCAUUGGGUGAAUAUGGGCCAGUUAAACUUUCUGCAGUCCAGUCUUUGUCACAGGGUUGUUGUGAGCACAAGACAGAGGCAAUGGCAGUGUAUGUGUGUGCAAACCCUGAGUGCCACCUGAGAUUUUGGAGGAAGGACAAGAUAAGCAAGUGAUUUGUUAAAUGGCUCCAUGUUUUUUUCCUAUGUGUUUUUUCCAUUAUGAAAAUGAUUAAAUGAAAGGAUGUUCAUUCAUAUGGUGUUAACUUUCCUGCUGGUGGGGAAACAUACUUUUUGCUUCUAAGGGAAAAUGUAGCCAGAGUUCUGUGGGGGUUCUUUGACCGCUCAGCAAUGACACUUCUAGUUCACCCACAAGCCAGCCAACAAGACCUACUGUGGUGCAAUGGGUCAGUGCAUCUGGCUGUUAACCAGGAGGUUGGUGCUUCAAGCCCACCCAGGGAUGGCUGUGGCCAAGAUUCCUGAGUUGCAAGAGGUUGGACUAGACGGCGCUCGGGUUCUCUUCCAACUCUACAAUUCUAUGAUUCGAUACUUCUAAUUGUAGUUCAGCAACAUCUGGAGGACCAACGGUUCCCCACAAUCUAAAUUCUAGUCUGCCACCAGAAUUAUUAUUAUUAUUAUUAUUAUUAUUAUUAUUAUUAUUAUUAUUCUAUACCCCAUCCAUCUGGCUGGGUUUCCCCAGCCACUCUGGGCAGCUUCCAACAAAUUACUAAAAAUACAAUAAAACACCAGACAUUAAAAGCUUCCCUAAACAGGGCUGCCUUCAGAUGGGAACAGGUACAAAACAGACCAGUUUCUCUGACUGAUCCAAGCAAAUAAAUCUAAGCCACAGAAUGCUGGGAGGAGGAGAAUGUGUGUGUGUGUUUGUGUGUCAUGUCAGUAGCCAGUCAAAGGGGAAACCACUCCCUGCCCCGAAAUGCAGUUAUUACUUGGUCCCCGAUUAUGAAGGGACCCAGGUGGCGCUGUGGUUAAACCACUGAGCCUAGGGCUUGCUGAUCAGAAGGUCGGCGGUUCGAAUCCCUGUGACGGGGUGAGCUCCCGUUGCUUGGUCCCAGCUCCUGCCAACCUAGCAGUUCGAAAGCAUGUCAAAAUGCAAGUAGAUAAAUAGGAACCGCUACAGCGGGAAGGUAAACGGCGUUUCCAUGUGCUGCUCUGGUUUGCCAGAAGCGGCUUUGCCAUGCUGGCCACAUGACCUGGAAGCUAUACGCCGGCUCCCUCGGCCAAUAAUGCGAGAUGAGCGCGCAACCCCAGAGUCGGUCACGACUGGACCUAAUGGUCAGGGGUCCCUUUACCUUUACCUUUACCCCGAUUAUGAACAAAAGGAUAGUGAAAGCAUUUUGAAGGAUGUCAUAUGCAUCCUAUGUUAGGGUUGCAUUCAUAGGCAUGCACAACACAUUUCAUUAGAGUGUGCACCCAGGUCACAUUUUCAAGGCAACCUCUGCUACUCCCUUUCAGCUCCAGUAGAUAACAUCAUCAGCACCAGUGCUAUUACAAAUAGUUACUGAAGAUAAUCUGUUUCAAAAGGGGUAGAAUAUAUCAUUUAUAUUUAUUUAAAAUAUUUUUAGCCAGCUUUUAAAGCAACAGCUAGAAUUGAAAUGUAAACUUUGCAGAGUAUAUGUAAACUUUGCCAACUAUCUGUUUCACAGGGGAGAGUUUGCCAACUGGGAUUCAUUAGACACUGGGCAAUACUCUUUAAAAAAAAAAGGCUUGGUUUCCCUCUGCCAAGCUUAGGGCAGCUCAUCUGGCAGCAACCCCACUCCUGAAUAGAGUUUGGAUCUGGUGUGCUUUAUUCCACCUUAAGUCAAGCCUGGGUAAUUUAGUACCCCUUGGUACUUGUCCGUUUUGGCUCCCAAAUGCUGCAAACCCGGAAGUGAGUGUUCAGUUUCCGAACGUUCUUUGGAAGCUGAACGUCCAAUGGGGCUUCUGGGGCUUCUGAUUGGCUGCAGGAGCUUCCUGCAGCCAAUCGGAAGCCAGGCCUUGGUUUCCAAAUGUUUGGAAAGUCGAACGGACUUCCAGAACGGAUUCUGUUCGACUUCCGAGGUACUGCUAUACUUAGGUUUGAUCCCUAAGAAGGGGUAUGUGACAACUUGCAAACAAUGGCUGGUUUGGGACUACUGUAGGCAGAAUGGGCUAUCAAAAGCCAUCAACCAGCAUGUUUACUACAGAUGGGCAAAUAUUUUAUAUUCCUAGAGGGCUGCCCUGCACUGCUGAAGUACCGGUAGGAAGGAGGAAUCUGAAUUCCAAGUUAGCAGCAGAACCCAGCCUCUACCGUGUGUUCUGAAGUGCAGUUAUUGGUCUCUUUUUCAAUGUGAUCCCCUACAAUGAAUUAAUGUAUCACAACCAGUUAUUGUUUGGUAUAUGUGAGAUAUAUGAAGCACUGCUUCAUUAAAGGGGGAAAAAUGAAUGUUGAGUGUAAUGUCAAUUCCCAUACAGUUUUAAUGCAAUUAACAAUAGGUUGGGCAACAGCACAAAAUUAGACAGAGGGGGGAGAGAAGGAAGGAGAAAGGGGGAUGCCUUAGGAAAGAGGGGAUGUAGGGAGUCAUUGCUGAUGUAAUCAGCUUCAGUAGUAAUAAUAAUAAUAAUAAUAAUAAUAAUAAUAAUAAUAAUAAUAAUAAUAAUUUAUUAUUCAUACCCCGCCCAUUUGGCUGGGUUUCCCCAGCCACUCUGGGCAGCUUCCAGAAGGAUAUUAAAAUACAAUAAUAUAUUAAACAUUAAAAGCUUCCCUAAACAGGGCUGCCUUUGGAUAUCUUCUAAAAGUCUGGUAGCUGUUUUUCUCUUUGACAUCUGAUGGGAGGGCGUUCCACAGGGCAGGUGCCACUACCAAGAAGGCCCUCUGCCUGGUUCCCUGUAACUUGGCUUCUUGCAGCGAGGGAACCGCCAGAAGGCCCUCGGUGAUGGACCUCAGUGUCUGGGCAGAAUGAUGGGGGUGGAGGUGCUCCUUCAGGUAUACUGGACCGAGGCUGUUUAGGUAGGAUGGAAAUGCUUUGACUUCCUCUUCAGUCCAUAUCCUCCACCACCACCACCACCACCUUGGCUACUGCUGCCACUGGUAUAUGUACUUGUCUGCUGGUGACAUCAAACCAAGGCAUCUACUGCAAAGGCAGAACUUGCAGAAGCUGGCCGAAUUCUCUUGGCAUGCUGGAUGCUGUUUUGAGGCUGCCUGUUGGCAACCCCUGUCUUGGAUGCAUUUGCCAAUUCAUGUGGCCACAGCCCAAAGGCAGAUUGCAUUAGAGCAAGAGAGGGAGUAGGUUAAAGGCUAAAAGCACUGUCAGCACAGUAAGCAGGAGGCUCACAAAAUGUAACUGGGUAGGUCUACGCUGCUUAACAAGACCACAGUGCAUAGUCUUGGGCAGUCCAGGUUUUCUGAUGUAAAGAUACUUGGAGAGAAGAUACUUGAAACAGUGGCAGGAUGUGUGGGUAUAGUUUUCCCUUUAAAAAAAAAACCCACCUCUGUCUGUCUGACAUGGCAAUUGCUCGUUGGAAAGCUGGGAAGGCUGAUGUCUAUGUCUUUCCAAUGUGUUUUGAGGAUAACCAUUUGUCAAUGAAUAUGAACAUAUACCUAGAUUCUCUGAAUGGAUUUUUGGGGCCUGGCUGGAGUGCAAUCACCAGAAGACAAGGAUGGUCACCGGUGCUCCUCUGUAUUCAGCAACUGUGCAAAGAUGAACACUAAAAUGUAGAGUUCUAGCUGGUUUGGUCUAUUUUUCAAUUGUGUUUGAAACUCGUAAUGAAUUUUAAAGAAGUGUAUGGUUUUUCUGUAGAGCUACCUUCUUGCAUUUGAUAGUUUUCUCAUAUGUUUAGUCCCCACUUAUUAUUAUUAUUAUUAUUAUUAUUAUUAUUAUUAUUUAUUCAUUUCUAUAGCACAAAUUCAUAUUGAAAUAUAUCUAUGCGCAGAAUCUCAAUGAAAACCCAAACAAAAUAACAAAUAAAAUCAAAGUAGAAUACAUUAAAGAAAGAUAAUUCAAAAAUGGGUCAUCUGACAAGAAGCUUAUGAAAACAACAAAUCAUUUUCAUAAGAAGGCUGCCUCGCUCAAAUACUGUACUUAAUUCUUAGAUUGGUGCCUGGAGCUCAUUAUUUGUUAUACUGUCUUGGUUUCGUUAGGUGGAGAGUUCCAUAACCCCAGUGCCACCACACUUAACUGCACAAUUUCUUGUGAAGGACAAUGGUGUCAGGCGCUGGGAAAGAUAGGGCAAUACAGUGGUACCUCGACUUACGAACGACUCGACAACCGAUUUUUUUUACUUACGAAUGGGGGGUAAUGGUCGUGCUCUUACGGAUGUCUCGACAUCCAGAAAAAAAACUGCGGCGAUUUUAGAUAGGGAUUUUUCAACUUACGAAUUUUUUCGUUUUCAAUGCAUUCCUAUGGGAAAUCGCGUUUCCAAUGGCGUUUUUCAACUUACGAAGGUGCCUUCGGAACGGAUUAAAUUGGUAAGUCGAGGCACCACUGUAUGGUGAUCUCUUAAUUACAUUGGCUAACAGUGCUGCAAAGAGUGGAAUAUUUAGGUUCAGGUUUUUUUAAUUGUUAGAACAACUCUACAGUAGAAGAAGAAAAAAUGAGUCUGGCGAUAUCCGACCUGGAGACUUUCAAAAGGGUUUUAUCUACAUUUAAAUUUUAUAGGCUGCUUUUUGAGCUGAAAAGGGCUUACAGAAAACAUCAUUAAAAAGUCAUUAAAAACACAACACAAACUCAUAAAUGACCAUUAGUUUAUAUUGUAUUAGAACAGGAAGCAGCCCCAGUUCCUAGAUGUUUCAUGUAGUUUUUCAAAAUACAGAGUUGCAGUCACGCAGGCUUUGUGACUUUCUCCAGAGAGGGAAUUCUACAAUACUGUAUAAGUGCUGCCGCUGCUUUAGGAACUGGGUUAAUCUUGUCUUCUGCCAAUGAGCUGGCCUCAGUCUAUUGGUCCCUACCUCUACUCCUUUUGAUCCCUCUCCUACAACGAGUGGUACGUUUCCCUUGUACAGUAUUACAGUAUUUCUAAUAUUCGAAUGUCAAGGUUUAAACAUUCAGAAUAUCUAUGGUGCU